AUGGAGGAACUCUUGGAAUGCACUAAAUGUGGAAAUGAAGUAGAUUAAAUAUUAGCUUUAUCAUGUGAGCAUAAUCUAUGUCUUCAAUGCUCAGCUAAACUCUAUAAUAAACUAUAAUGUUAAACAUUAGUUUGUGAGAUCUGUUCUUCAUAAACUCUAUUGGAUCCUUCUGCUAUAGAAGUCUUAUAAGAAAUGUACAAAAUGCAGUCAUCUCGAAUGUCAACUGCAAAUUUAAAAAGUUCAAGAUAACAAAUUUAAUAUUAAGCUUCAACUCAUUCUAAAUCAUCCUAAAUUCAUCUUAAUACUUAAUAAGGAUUAACUGUUACAUGUUAAUAACAUUCUAGUGAAGAAGCAUUACUUUAUUGUUAUACAUGUGAAACACCUUGUUUUUGUAUGGAAUGUUAUUUAUAAGGAUUACAUAAAAACCAUGAAGUAAAGAAUGUUUAAAAGUCUUAUUCAAUAAUUAGAACAACUAAAGUAAAUUUAUUUUAUUAAUUUAAGGCUGAUUAAUUUUAUUAGAAGGUAAAAUCUAGUCAAGAUUAAUUGUUGUAGGAUUAAUGUAAAUUUGCUGCAAAAAAGAAAGAACUUGUAGAAAUUAACACCUCCACAAAAAUGUAGAUUCAAUCUAACUUUUAAGAGUUAUAUAAGGCUCUAUAAUUAAAAGAAUCUGAACUUAUCUAAGUUGCAGAUGAUACUAUGUGUGAAAAAGUUAAAGAAAUAGAUACAGAAGUUCAAAAAAUAUAAACACAAAUGGAUGUAAUUUUAAAUUAAUAUUCUUAGAAAUUAAAUGAUGUUUUAAGUGAUAUAGAAUCAUAUUUUCCUGAUCAUCCAGAUUAAAGUCAAGCUAUUAUGGCUUUUAAUUAUAUUGCAUUAAAUAAUAGAAAAAUAGAUUAACUUACCAGAACUAUACUCACAGACAGAAAUACAUGGGGUGCCUCAUUAUAAUUACAAUAUUAAUUAGAUCCACAAAGCAUUAUAUAAUAAAUUGAAGAUAUCAAAUCUACAAAAUUAAAAAUAAUGUCAUUAAGAGCGCUAGAAACUGUUGAACCGACUAUAAAUGAAAAAAAAUUAUAUGAAAGAGCUAGAGAUGAUAGAACUAAAAGAUUAUUUUAGUUUUAGACUCCAAUUCAUUAAGUAAUUCUAGAUGAAAAUAAAGAAAAUAAUUAAUCUUUUAUUGCAAAUAAUGGGGAUUAAACCUAAUUAUCAGAUUUUUAAAGGAAAUUUUAAGAAGCUAAGAGAACUUUAUCUUAAAGAUAAAAAUUAAAUUGA